GAGAGGCAGCGCGUCGCGUCGGGCCGCGUCGCGCCGCUCCACGAAGCGUCGUGCGAGCGACAUGCACCACGGCUGGCGACGGCCUUGUCAAGUGUCGACUGUGAGCAGGAGGACGGGGACGAGGCCGCGACCGAGGCCGAGGACGAGAGCGAGGACGUCGACGGCGGCGGGUACCGCGACGGUGACGACGUCGGGGUGCUGGUGAGAGAGCGAGAGAGGUGCCAGGAGUACGAACGCGGGCGACUGGCAUGAACGACGACGACGUUGUGGACGACGUUGCCGAGGAGGACUCCCGCGGCGAUGCCCGUGAAGGAAGCGCCGCGGCCACCACGACGACCACGACGACGACGACGGCGAAGACGACGACGGCGCUCGCGUUGCUCCUCGCGCAUACCGCCGUGCUGCCGACACCCGGCUGCGGCGAUCCCGCGGCGGUCGUCCCGGCGCGCGUAGGCUGCCCCGCGGAACUCGCGUCGUAGAAGGCGCGGUCGCUCCUCGGAGACGUCGCGCCGCCGUCCGAGGAGGCGGAUCCCGCGCUCCCCGAGAGCGUUUCGCGUUUACCGUGCAGAGUCGGGGACGGGGAGAAGAUCGAGCGGGAGCGCUCGCCUCCGGGACAAAGGACUCUCUCUUUCCGCCCGAGAGGAUCUUAAUUCCCCCGAAGAGAGAACAAUAAGGCCCUACCCGAAGGACGAGACUACGAGGACCGAGACUACCUUGCUCCGCGACAGAAAGGACGCCGCACCUCGGCGCAUCGCGCGUGCCUUUCGCCCGAAGGAGUCUCGCGCAGAGGAGGACCGUCCGCCGUUCCGGUCGCCGGAACGCCUGAAGACCGCCAUCGCGGUGCUCAGCGGUGCGCGUGACACGAGGGGGACAACCAUGAACGUUACCGCGGACGACCUUCCGGUGCGGCGGUGCGGCACGACGUGCCUCGCGUGACUCGCGCCGGUCACGAGUAGAAGAGAAUCCCGGCCUUCUCUCCCUCGCGUGAGUACCGCGGCGACGGCCACCACCAGCGGUGCAGCGCGCUGGCCCGUCUCUCCCGUUCAGCCCCCCCGCGCGACCGCGGGGCACAAUCCUUACGACGAGGACACGCACACCAGGGUGGCACGAUAGUAUGACGGUGAUGCUGCUGCAACGUUCAGUCACCCCGCAGUCGACGCACAGCCAAAAGACAGCGACGAAGGACUACAGCGCGAAGCCGCCCUUUCUCUUUCUGCUGGACGACCGUGAGGAGCAUCGGCACUCGACCGAUACCAACACCACGACCACCACGAAUAACAACAACAAUAAUAACAAUAACAAUAACAACAAUAACAAUAACAACAACAACAAUAACGUCAACAAUAACGUCUUCAAAAGAGGCGCUCGGAGGAGCAACAGCCGCGAUCGCGUCGCCGACGAGGCGCCGUCGUCGGUGACGUCCCAACGACUCGCCGGCGGUGGUCAGGACGUCGCGAUGCGAUAUUACCGCCUCUGGAUCUACGCCUGUAACUUGGUGCUGCUCGGUAGCGCGAUCGGCUUCGCCGCCGCGGUGUCGCAGACCCUCCUGUUCACCGGCGACCCACGUCGGCACGUGGUGCCGGGUGUGCCCCGCGUCUACGACCCCACCGCGCUCUACGGCUAUCUGGCGUUGACGGCGCAGCUAGGCCUGGUGCAGCUGCUCGGCUGCAUCGCCGCCAGGCGGCUCAGCGCCCGGCUGCUCAACAUCUACUGGAUACUACUUCUGAUACUGCUGUUCGGCGACGCCGUGGUCGGCGUCGCCUGGAUCUUCCGCUUCGAGAAAAUGCGCACCGACCUCAAGCCCGCGCUCAGGCAACGUUUGCAGGCGGACUACGGUAAGGAGUCGCGAUUCAGCGAGCAGUGGGACCGACUCCAGCGGGAGUUUAUGUGCUGCGGGGUGACCGGACCCAAGGAUUUCCCCGAAGACCGCUGGCCGCAGACCUGCUGCGGGCCAAGCGUGAACGCGAGCGAGUCCUGCCAGCAGCCGUACGCGCGCGGCUGCGAGGAGACGCUCAUACGCUGGCUCAGGAAGACGGCGGACCUGCUGUUCGUCCUGGGCUUCUGCGUCAUCGCCUUCGCCAAGCUCUGCUUCCUCGGCAUCCUGCGGUACGAGAUACGGGAGAUGAUACAGAAAAUACGAUUGCUGAGGGAGCCGCCGCCGCCGGCCACGCCGUUCGCGCAACCGCCCUUCUGCCAGGUGCUGCCGGAAAUGGCCAACAACGGCAGCAUCGCGAGACGCACAACGUUGCCCAACGCGGUUACGCCUUCCGGUAACGCGUCGCUGUUGCUGCAGUCGGACGAGUGCAACACCGGGCGGCAUCCGCUGUUGGCGAACAAUCUGCAGGACGGCGGCGCCGACAGCGACACGAACAGCCACUGCGCGCUGAUACUCGAGGAGACGACGCCUACCUCGGCGAACAACCACCACAACAGCUGCGCGGCCGGCGGCGGCCGUGAGAAGAGCAACGGUAACAACAACUACGAGAUGCGUGAGUUUAAUCGUAGGCUGCUGCUGUCGAACGGCACCAGCCCGGGCGCGGGCGUGACCGUGACGAGCGGUCAGAGCAGGCGCACCUGACUAUGGAGAUGGUGGCGAAGCACCUCGAACCGUUUCCUGUACAGGAGCAAUCGGCGGCGCGCCGACAUACCGUUAUACAAGUAAAGGGACGACAACCCUCGGUCAGGCACGUUUCAGUUUCCUUUUUAAGAGAGUAACGCGUACACUCGGCGAGCUACUGGCAGGCGCGAGUCCAAUCCGGACGGCCGUCGCCGCCGCCGUCGUCGUCGUCGUCGUCGCGUCAAGACCGGCGAGAGUGAAGGGGGUUGACAACCGCUGCUCAGCUCGUCUUCUAUAGCUCACCUCUACCUCGCGCCCUCGAGGUCUUACGGCCGAUUCCGCGAUAAUGCGCGCUUGCCAUCGAGGGGAGACCGCGCGCGGCGACCGCGGGCGGCGUCGGACGGUGAGACGCGCGAGAGACCAUUCGCGAAUCGAUAUCACACUGGUGGGAGUGUACAAUUAUUAACGAAAGAACCAAAUCAAAACGUAUAAAAUAGUGCGAGAGAGAAAGAGAGAGAGAGAGAAAGCUGUCUCCGUUUUG